AUGAGAGUUCUUUGCGUCGCCGAGAAACCUUCUAUCGCAAAAGCCGUUGCGGGCCAUCUCUCGGGCGGUCGAGCUCAAAGUCACAAUACACCCGAGAAAUACAUCAAGAACUAUGUUUUUGACUAUGAUUUUGGGCAUCCCUGGGGCCAGUGCCAGGUUACCAUGACUUCUGUACUCGGUCAUAUUACCUCAGCCGUUUUCCCUGCCGAGUAUAAGAGCUGGGAAUAUCCACCACCCGAACGCUUGUUCGACGCCCCUGUGAAUAUCAUCAUAUCCGAGGACAAAACGAAAGUGGCGGACAACAUCGAGAAGCAGGCACGCUACGCCAACGCAUUAUGCAUAUGGACCGAUUGUGAUCGAGAAGGCGAACACAUAGGCUACGAGAUAUGCGAGGCCGCUAAGAAGGGCAACAGGACUCUGGAUAUUAAGAGGGCCAAGUUCAGCAAUAUCGAGAGAGCGCACAUCUUGAAUGCAUCCCGCAACCUCAUCAAUCUUGAUCAUAAGCAAGUUAACGCAGUAGCGUCCCGUAUCGAACUGGAUCUCAGGAUAGGAUACGCGUUUACUCGAUUCUUGACUACGAAUAUAAGAACACUGGGUGGGCCCCUUCAAAGGCUUGUUGUAAGCUAUGGAUCUUGUCAAUUCCCAACCCUGGGAUUCGUGGUAGAUCGGUAUUUCAAGGUGAGAAAUUUCAAGCCGGAGCCGUUCUGGAGCAUCAAAGUCAUGCACAAACGAGAAGGCAUAGACGUCAAUUUCAGUUGGUCACGUCAUCGCCUCUUUGAUAGGGCUUCGGUAGUCGUUCUUUACGAGAGAUGUCUUACGGCGAAGAUGGCCAAGGUGGUUAAGGUCCAGGAGAAACCUACGAAGAAGUGGAAGCCGUUGCCCCUGACCACGGUUGAGUUGCAGAAGAUGGCAACGAGAUUUCUGCGUAUGACAGGUCAGCAAGCCAUGGAGGCUGCGGAAAGCCUCUACAAUAAGGGUUUCAUCAGCUACCCCAGAACGGAAACCGACCGCUUCGAUUCCGGUAUGAAUUUACGCGCGUUGGUUCAAAAGCAGACGCAAUCCGAUUCCUGGGGCGAAUUUGCGCAGAAUCUAGUCAAUGGAGGAUUUCAACAGCCGCGACAAGGUCGAAACGACGAUAAAGCGCACCCCCCCAUUCAUCCUAUCACCUUUGUAGCACCGCCAGUCCUAAACGAUAGAGAAAAGAAAGUCUACGAGUUCGUUGUUAGACGCUUCCUAGCCUGCUGCUCGGAGGAUGCCAAGGGUGUCGCCACAGACGUCGAUAUCCUAUACGGCGAAGAAUCCUUCCAUGCCCAUGGCGUUGUCGUGCUAGAGCGAAAUUACUUAGACGUAUACGUCUACGACAAGUGGACCGGGACUGUGCAGCUUCCCAAAUUCACUGUGGGCGAAGUCUUCGAGCCUACCGAAGCUCUUAUGACGGAGGGCAAGACCGCGGCGCCUAAUUAUCUUACUGAAGCUGAUUUAAUUGCUCUCAUGGACGCCAAUGGAAUCGGAACAGAUGCUACAAUGGCCGAACACAUCCAGAAAAUUCAAGAAAGAGAAUAUGUCCGUACUGUGCCUCGAGCUUCCCGCCCAGCAGACGAGGGCGAAGAGGAUGAUGAUGCUCCGGCCGCGCGGGGAGGACGCGGUAGCCGAGGUGGCCGAGGUGGCCGUGCCCGGGGAGGUCGAGGCGGAGGACUUACAGCCAGCACUAGAGGGGGAAUUAUGGAGUUUAUCCCAACGCAGCUAGGUGUAGCCCUGAUCGAAGGAUUUGACAGAAUGAACUUCGAGACCAGUCUUGGGAAACCGUUUUUAAGAAAAGAGAUGGAACUGAAAAUGAAGGCCAUUUGCGAAGGUCGUACCACCAAAGAGGUCGUCCUAAGCGAGAGUAUUCACCAAUAUCGUCAAGUCUACAUGCAAUCAAAGGAAAAGCUGACGGUUCUCAAAGCAGCAUGUCGGCAGUAUAUCUUCCAACAAAAUGGCGGCUGA